GACCGGCCGCGCCCCAGGGAGGCGGCGGCGUCGCGGCGGCCCCUGGCAACUGGGCGCCCGGCGGACCCGCCGCCCUGGGCAGACGUCCAAAGGCUACCACCGCACGGCUGCUGCUGCUGGGAAGCGGCACGGCCGCCUGGGGCCCAGGCACAGGACCCGGAGGCGGCUUCGUCCAGAUGCCGGACGGCUUCUCGGCGGCGGGUGGCAGCAGGCCCGGCUUUGGCGGGGACGAGGGCGACUACGGCGGGCGGGGCAGGACUUUCGGCCGCGGAGGUUUCGACGCGGGCAAGGGGGCAUUCGGCGCAGGCAAGGGCGCCGCGAAGGGCUUCGCGCCGCAGCAGAAGUUCGGGCAGGUCCAGCCGCAGGCCGCGCGGACAGGCAACGCCGACAUGGACGACAACUGGCGCUCCCGGACUGCCGCUGAUGCCGAGGCGGCCAAGGACGCGAUGGCAGCCGGAGCAGAUUUUGGGGCGCCCGCCUGACGCCUGGGACACCUGGCCAGCGUGCGCGGCACCCGGCACUCCUGGCGCGGCUGCCCGGGGCCCACGGCGAGGCAGCGGCCAGUCCACUGGCGCAUGCGGGCGCCGGAGCCAUGAGCCAAAUGGAUCUGAGCACCUGAGGGCUCAGAAGCGGGUCAGUUUCGCAAUCUUAUUUCUCCCCGGAUUUUGCGGACCGAAGCCCCCCAUAUGCAGCACAUGCAGCGAAGGCCGGCGUCGAUUUUCGCGCCAGCCAGAAUACUACAUGCUGCCCAUACUUUGCACGAGUGCGUGCUUCCCUCUCGGCUACC